AUGGCAGGAUAUCCAAACCGUGUCCCUAUUGAAAUAAGGGAUAGACUCCAGAAGUUUGAUAAGAAUAAUGCUAUUAGUGCAGAAGAGCAUCUAAAAUCUUUUGGUGACAUGAUUAAUGACUAUGAAAUUGCACAUGAGGAUAUCAUCAUGAAGCUGUUUGUGCAAUCUUUGAUUGAGGAUGCUAGAGAAUGGUACAGAGGGUUACCUGCAUUAGUAAAAGAAUCUGAGCAAUUCAAGACUGCUUUUACUACCCCUUGGGGAGCCUAUGUGUAUGUAAGAAUUCCAUUUGGUUUAAAGAAUGCUGGUGCAACUUUUCAGAGGGCUAUAGAUGUAGCUUUCAAGAGAUUUAUUGCAAAUUUUGCUGAAAUUGCCAAGCCCAUUGUGAAGCUUUUGAAGAAGGAUGCCAAGUUUGUUUGGGAUGAUGAGGCAAUACUAGGAUUUGAUAAGAUCAAAUAG